UGAAGCCAUUACAGUUUGGCAAAGACUGGAGAAAGUAGCAUUCUCCAUGGCAAUGGAAAUCGUGAAACGCCACCCAAGACUACCCAUUGCUUAAAUGAAAGUUGCCCGCGCUUAUAUAAAGAAAAAUACACAAUCUUUUAAGACUGAACUGAUCUAUGUUCUAGCUUUUGCUAGAAUGCAAAGCAUUAUGUCGAGUUUUACGUAUUUCCCCACUAUGUCGCUUAAACAGAAACCAUGUGACUGUGGGCUACUGUUGUCUUCACUGGCGUAACAGUUAUAUAGCCUACCUUAUUUUGUGUGAAAGCGCCUCGUUUCUUUCGGACCUUCGCCUACCAGGACCGCGGAGAAUUGACUGUAUGCAUGACCAACUGUCCCACCCUCAUUGUCACCGUUGGCCUUCCUGCCAGAGGGAAGACAUACAUCUCCAAGAAACUGACCCGCUACCUCAACUGGAUCGGCGUUCCCACCAAAGAGUUCAAUGUUGGCCAGUACAGACGAGAUUGUCUGAAGAUCUACAAGUCCUUCGAGUUCUUCAGUCCAGACAAUGAAGAGGGUCUGAAGAUCAGACAACAGUGUGCGUCAGCAGCAUUAAACGAUGUACGGCAAUACCUGACUGAUGAGGGAGGCCAAGUCGCUGUGUUUGAUGCCACAAACACUACCAGAGAGAGGAGAGGGACAAUAACAAGGUUUGCAGAGCAGAAUGGCUUCAAGGUAUUUUUUGUGGAGUCUGUUUGUGAAGAUCCUGCAGUCAUUGCCGAAAAUAUUGUGCAAGUGAAGCUGGGCAGUCCAGACUACACUCACUGCAACACAGACGAAGCAGUGGAGGACUUCAUGAAAAGGAUUAAAUGUUAUGAGAACUCCUAUGAAACCUUGGAUGAGGUUUUGGACAAGGAGCUCUCGUAUAUCAAGAUCAUUGAUGUUGGUCGCCGUUACCUGGUCAACCGAGUUCAGGACCACAUCCAGAGCCGAAUUGUGUACUACCUCAUGAACAUCCACAUCACGCCGCGCUCCAUCUAUCUGUGUCGACACGGGGAGAGUGACCUCAACAUCAAGGGUCGUAUUGGGGGAGACUCAGGGUUGUCGCUCAGGGGAAAAGAUUUUGCCAAGCAGCUGGGUGAGUUCAUCCAGGAACAAGACAUCAGUGACCUGAAGGUGUGGACCAGUCAGAUGAAGAGGACAAUUCAGACUGCAGAGGCUCUAAAUGUCCCCUAUGAGCAGUGGAAGGCUCUGAAUGAGAUUGAUGCAGGUGUUUGUGAGGAGAUGAUGUAUGAGGAGAUUCAGGAUCACUAUCCCCUGGAGUUUGCCUUGCGGGACCAAGAUAAAUACAGAUAUCGCUAUCCCAAAGGAGAGUCCUAUGAGGACCUGGUCCAGCGUCUGGAGCCAGUCAUCAUGGAGCUGGAGAGGCAGGAGAACGUGCUGGUCAUCUGCCACCAAGCGGUCAUGCGCUGCCUCUUGGCCUACUUCCUGGACAAGUCUGCAGAGGAGCUGCCUUAUUUGAAGUGUCCCUUGCACACCGUGCUGAAGCUCACACCUGUGGCCUACGGCUGUAAAGUGGAGUCCAUUUUCUUAAAUGUGGAUGCCGUGAACACCCACAGAGACAGACCAGAGAAUGUAGAUGUCUCUCGGAUGGCAGGGGAGGCUUUGCACACAGUUCCGGCCCAUCAGUGACCCUAUACCUCCCCUUCACCCAGUCCCCUCAACCUCACAUCCUCCCUGACCCACCACCCGCACCUCCUCACUGUCCCUUCCAUGCUCACUCCUCCACACUCAUACAGGGACAGUCCUGCAAAUCUCCAGGCUGUCCUGAAAUCAGAUGCAAGCUAUGAUCCCCCUGAGAUUAAAACUCAGGGACCAUUUGAAGAUGUGUUUGUUUUGAUGUUUAAUUUGUUCCUGAGAACAGUGCUGAAUGACUGGAAUCCAGUUCAAUGGUAAUCUGUUUUUUAACCCUUCUGUUCUGGGGUGUCAUAAUUUUUUAAUUGUAUUUCAAUUCAUGCUGCUUUCUGUUGACAUGCCCAGCAUGUGAAGAGCAAUGAUCUGUCACUACACAUUGCAUUUAGCCCACCUUAUAUUUUAAGAUCUAAUCUUUUAAUAAUUGUGGACAUACCUGAUUCAGCUAAUGAUUUGCACAUUGUGAAGUUCUUGGGUCUCUCAGUUAAUUGGCCUAAUCGAGUUGAGAGAGGGAGAGAGAAUAUGCCAUUUGUAGUCUAAUGAGAAGGCAAAUGUUUGUGCUUCUUCUGUUUCUGCUAUUCGUAUCUUUUAAGCAGAUGUUUACAAGCAAAUGUUUGUUUAUGCAGGUUAGCUGCCAGGCUUGAAUUGCACAUUUAUAUCAAAGCUGAAUCAUUUUUAUUGUGUAUGUCUUAAGUAUUUUAUUAAGUAAUUAAUUUUAAGACUAUUUAAUUAUGUCCUAAUUAAGAACACACUGCAAACUAUGUGGGUUUUGGAAAUGCCUUAACAUUCUGUUGCUAUGACCCACCACGGCAAAAAGAUGCUCAGGGGUCUUGAAACUUGUGAAUUUGAAAAUUAAAACCAUUUUAAAUGUGUUACUGAAAAAGCUAAUAAAAAUCACUCUUGAAAUAA